AUGUCACAUCCUACAUCACAACCACCGGAGGAUAGUGUAUCACAACUAACCUUGUCCCCUCCAUCACAACUUUCUGGUUUCGAGUGGUGGAGACGAACUUUACUGUACCAAACUGGUCUCGGUUUCACAAGUCAAGAUCGAGCACAAUAUGUCUAUGAUUAUCAAAACCGAAAUCUUGAGGAUAAAUGCCAGUCUUGUAACGAGAAUCUCAAAUGGGUGUUGCAAUACUCACCCUCUGUCAUUUUCAUGAUGGAUCACAUACGAAAGUUGAACAAAGACAAUGAACCUAUAGACCCCAAGUUCAUCACAUGUGCCACUUGUGAUUUCACAAAGGGAGGUGGGUUUGACCCCCAGUCAGGUGUUUUAUUGUGCAGCAACUGGAUAAGAUCAAAAUGGCAACUAGAGGAUAUCUUGACCCAUGAGUUGGUCCAUGUAUACGACUACAUGAAAUUCAACUUGAAUUAUAAGAACUUGAGACAUCACGCCUGCACAGAGAUACGAGCAUCAAUGUUGAGUGGGGAAUGUAGGAUAUGGGCAGAAAUCAAGAAGACAGGGUUGGGAAACUUUGGUAAAAAAUUUCAAGACUGUAUCAAAAGAAGAGCUAUAAUUUCAGUCAGUGCAAAUCCUGGUUGUCGUAACCAGGAAGAGGCAGAAAAAGUUGUUGGAAUUGUUUGGAAAAGUUGUUUCAACGAUACGAGACCUUUUGAGAGGGUGUACAGAUGA